AUGGAGGACGUGAAGUCCAAGUUGGCGGCGACCAUCAGGGAAGAGGAGGAGCGUGACGAGGAGCUGCUGAAGCAGCGGCUGGCCGAGAAGGACGCAGAGAUCGAGAAGCACAAGGGCCUGCUGGCAUUCACUCAGAAGCGCUUCGACACGAUGAUCGACCGGCAGGGACUGGAGCAUGAGCAGGGAAUCAAUCGGGUGAGGCUCGAACACAUGAAGGAGCGUGAUUGUCAGAAGGGGACCGAGACGCAGCUGAGAACCGAGCACGCCACCUUGGUGAGGGGGCUAGAGUUCUUCGAGCGAGACUUCCAGCGCAUCGAGAUGGAGCAGAGCGCUUCGAGAGAUGAAAUCAGGAAGUUGAAGGAGCAGUCUGAGGAGUUGUCGAAGUUGCAUGGGAAGCUGAGCGCAGAGCGGGCGGAGCGUGUGACUCUCUUGUCCGAGAAGGAGCGGAAGAUCGAUAGCUACAAGGAGAAGGUCAGCGUCCUCAAGAAAUUCAAGCAGCACCUGGAUCAGAAGUGCAACGAAGCAAUGGAGCUGAACCAGCCGAAGGACGCCAAGAUCGAGCAGCUGAACGCCGAUCUGGGGGAGCUGGAGGCGGAGUUCGAGGUUCAGCUGCUCGAGCAGCGGAACCUCAAGGACGUCAUCGACGCGAAGAAGCAGCACGCCCGGCACCUGACGUGCGAGCUCGAGAAGCUCCGCGGCGAGAUCCGCGAGCGCGACCGCACCAUAGCCUCCUACUCGAACGACCUCCACAAGCUCGUGAGCUCCGGGGGGGACGAGAGCACGUGGCCGCACGAGAUCCGGCGGCUGUACCACGUGCACGCCCUGGGCGAAGGCCUGCAGAACAGCGAGAAGCUGCCCGUCGAGGAGAUGCAGCGCGAGAUGCGGCAGGUGGAGCGCAAGGUGAGCUCGCUCGCGAACAAGGGCGGGCACAUGAAGGGCGUCAUCAAGGCGGACAUCCAGCGGAAGGCGCAGGAGGGCGCCGAGCUCACCCGGGAGCUGAACGAGCUUCGGGUGCAGAAGAAGUCCCUGCAGCGGGAGGUGCGCAGCCUGGAGCAGCGCGUGGCGCUGAUGGAGCAGCCCUCGGAGGCGCACCCGGCGAUCGAGGACGGCACCGAGCGCCCCGAGGGCGGCUCGCUGCCGGCGCUGCGGGCGUGCCCGCCGCCAGCGCGCCCGGGCGGGGUCCCGCAGCCCCUGCCGCCCAGCGGGGGCGCGCCGCCUGGACCGCGGCAGCAGAGCGCGUCCCCGGUGCGGCAUCUGCAGGAGGAGACGCCUGGCAGCGCCACGCUCAUGCGCAAGAGCGGCAGCGGCCCGCUCCCCAGGGCGCCGCCGCGGCGCCCCAAGGACCUGCCGCUCACCCUGCAGGCCACCACGGAGGAGCAGAAACGCAUGCAGAGCCUGCUGCUGACGGCCGAGGUGAGCGGGCAGCAGCUCAAGCUGCAGGAGAUGGAGAACCGCGCGCUCCGCCAGCGCAUCGACGCCCUGUUGGACCAGGUGCGCGCUGAGGACGCGGGCCGCGCCGCGGCGGGCGGC